UAGGUGUGUAGUGAAGAGGAAGAGGAGGAAGUGCACAACAACAUCGCCCGUCGGACGUCUCCGAUGGUUGCCGUCCGGUAGGCCCUGCCAGGAGGAUGGGGGCCCAUGAUGGGGGAGUGCCACUGCUCUAACAUCACUAUCAUGCAGCUGUUCCACGAGCUGAAGCAGCAGUUCCCCGCGCUCCCUGAUCACGUCGUCUCCCAGUGCAUCGCCCAGAACAGUCACGACCGGGAGACAUGCGCGAGAAGCCUGCGGGCCACCCAGGAGUCCCGUCCGUCACCGGGCGCGUUUCCACCCCCAGCCCCCAGUACAGGGAUGCAACAGCCGCUAUUGCUGCAGCCGCAGCAACCGCAAGCACAACAACGAGAGCAACAAUUCGCAUCGCAAGUACAGCGUUGCUGUAUGCCCGGUAUGCCGAUGAACCAAACGGUCGCGAGCAACGUCAGCGUCGGGCGUCCUCAUCGACCGGCGUCGUUGGACAUCGGUAUGAGCCGUCGUUACCCUCUCGUAGCCUGCACCCGCUCCGCUGCCGCCGUCGCCGUCGCAGCUGCGACGCCGGCGUCGUCCAGCGGCGUCGCCACCCCCUCGUCUGCGCCGGCUGUCUGCACGUCGCGCCUCAACGUCAACGUCGCCUGCAGCCCCGCGGGCAAUCGCGAUUUUCGAACGGCACCGACGAACGGUGCCGGUAAACGAAGCGACCUUGUCGUCGUGCCACGGCCUCAUUACGCCGAGCCUCUGUUAGCCAUCGGGAAGUCCGAGACGCAAAUCGAUCACACGCGAAGUUAUACGUCGGUCAGUUUGACCCUCCGGCCGCCCUCCUCUGAGCCGCAACCUCCAAUCGAUAUCAGGUCGGAAAGAUCGAGUCUGACCUAUUCGACCUCGUCCUUGGAUCCACGUGGCUUUCAGAGCCGUCUGCAGAUCAGCAUUGGUCCUGGAAACGUCGGUAGCGUGGCGGCGGCGAGGAUCAGACCACCUAUGGCUAAGCCGUUCAUACCGCCACCGUGGUCUCAAAACCCACUACGGUCGCCUGAACUUUCUCUAGAACCGCCUAGCCAAUUGCCAAGGCCCACGACGACGAUGAGCGCGCCGACUACUCCCUCCAUACCGCCGACGACGAAUAUCAUCCCGGGUUGCAGCCUUCCCACAACACCGUCCGGACCUACGACGAGCAGCGGCGUCGGGUCUCUUAGCGCCGUUUCUUCCUCCCUCGGGGAUCACAUGGCUUCCGAUCGGAAUCGAUCGCCGUUGUGCCAAGUGGAGGAGCAUCAAAAGAAAUUAGUCGCGGAGCAACUGGCUAGAAAGGAAAGGCUCGCCAAGGAGCUCAGGGCUGAAAAGGGACGACUCGAAGCGAUGAAAAAGGAAGUACAAGCAUUAACCCGACCAGAUCCCUUGAUAUCACCCCAAGAGCUGAAAAGAAAGCUGAAGACCGAAAUAUAUAUGCUACAGGUCGAAUGCGACAGAUUGGCCAUAGAAGUCGAUCAAUGGUCAGAUAGACGAGUGCCAUUGGGCGAGACGAAUGAGGAGUUUUAUCAGGGCAUUUAUACUGGCCAAUCGUUGCCGACGAGACCGCUGAAUCCACAACCGCCGCGUUUACCGAGUCAACCACCGGCAUGGCGAUCGGAGCAGCCGGCGAGUGAUAACGACCGGGAGGAACGGGAUGAGCCUUCGUGGGUCUGUACUAUGUGCACUUUCGAUAAUCAUCCAUUGAUGAACAAGUGUGAGGAGUGCGACAUGCCGAGACUGUUGAACCGCAGCAGUGCAGGGGAGACGCAAGAUAUUCAUAUACGAGUAACCCAUCAUCAUAAUUUUUCGCCACGGCAUAUAGUACACAGUUGGGUGGUAUGAUGCGAACUGAAUUAGAAGUUUAUAAAAAA